AUGACUUCCAAGAUCAUCGUAAUCACAGGCGCAAAUACAGGGAUCGGGCUUGAGACUGUUAAGGCACUCUACCAAUCUGAUCAGCAUUAUCAUAUCCUGCUCGGCGGUCGCAGUCUUGAAAAAGCUCAGCAAGCAUGCAGAGAUGUUACAACCGAAGCCAUACAGAGUACGGUGGAGCCAUUCUUGGUUGACAUCGAGAGCGACGAAUCGAUCGAAGCAGCCUUCAACCAAAUUGCAGCAAAAUACGACCGAAUCGAUUGCCUGAUUAACAAUGCUGGCGCUUCCUUUGAUGCCUGCAUUGACCAUGGCAUCACAGCCCGUCAGGCAUGGAACAAGUCCUGGGAUGUGAAUGUCACGGGUGCACAUAUCAUGACGACCAAGUUUCUUCCGCUACUAGUGAAGUCUCAAGACCCCAGGUUGUUGUUCAUUACGAGUGGCCUUUCCUCUCUAGAGGCGGCUUCGGAUCCCGAGAAUCCGAAAAAUAUCAUUGCACCAGCUGGGCUACCUAAGGCUCUCCCAUUCUUUGGAUAUCGAUCAGCAAAAGCGGGCCUCAAUAUGCUGAUGGUGGAAUGGUCUAAGCUUUUGAGGAACGAUGGUGUGAAAGUUUGGGCGGUUGCUCCGGGCUUGCUGGCGACCUCCCUGGGGGGUAACACAGAGCUGUUGAAAAAGCUAGGAGCGCAAGAUCCUAAACUUGGGGGUGAGACUAUUCGUCGAGUUGUGGAAGGUAAGCGAGAUGGGGAUACUGGGAAGGUAGUGCGCGAUUAUUUAUCGCCAAUUCAGCCCUGGUGA